AUGCAAAGACCCCUUCUUCUGAGUCGUGACCCAGAACAGUAUUGUCAAGUUAUCUGGAGGGACCCAGAUUCCCCAAGCCACUACAGAUGCAGCCUUUUGAACCCUGGCUAUGUGGGAGAGAAUUGUCUGGGGGUAAAGAUCCCUGAUUCCCAUCUCCGUGGUUAUUCCUUAUGGCCAGAACAAGGUCCCCCAGAAUUGAUCCAACCAGAUGGGCCUGGAAUUCCAGACACUGAUUUCCUCUUAUAUGUACGAGUAGCCCACACUAUGAAAUGCCACCGUGAGGUGAGGAGUAAAUCAAAUUACCUUGUCUCCCUAUUCACCCUCCUUUAUUCUCUAACUCCUUAUCUGAAUCGCCUAAUUACAUAUCUCCCCCAUUCUGCGUCCCCACCUCCCAACAACAUUUCUUUGCUUUCCACCACUGUUUAUCCACAGCCCUCCACCAUUGCCUAUGCUGCCUGCUGCCAGCUGGAUAGUGCAGAUCGGCCCCUUGCAGGCACCAUCAUCUUCUGCACACAUCACCUCAGUGGCCUCCACUACAGCCACAGUGACAUUGUCAUGGCCACAAUACAUGAACUGUUCCAUGUCCUGGGCUUCUCUGGGCAACUCUUCAAGAAAUGGAGGGAUUGUACUGCAGGCCCCAGCAUUGGAGAAAAAUGUUCCCCAAGGCGACAGGUGACCAGAAGGGAUGAAUGGGGGCAGUUGAUUCUCACCACCCCCACUGUAAGCCACAGCCUAGCCAAGCACUUGGGAGUCUCAGAAGCCAUGCAGGGAGUCCCCCUGGAGGAAGAGGUAAGAGUAGAGGGUCCAUUUUCCUCUCACUGGGAAGCCCGUUUACUCCAGGGCUCUGUGAUGACUGCUACCUUUGGUGGUGCUCACCGUACCCAGAUUGACCUUAUCACUCUUGCUGCCUUUGCUGACUCUGGCUGGUACCAAGUAAAUCACAGUGCUGCACAGGAACUGCUUUGGGGUCAGGGAUCUGGUUUGAAUUUUGGAUUGGUGACAUCCUGCAGAUCUGGCUCGUCAGACUUCUUCUGUGUUGGCAGUGGGCUGGGCUGUCACUACCUUCGAUUUGACAAGGGGCAAUGCUCAUCAGACCCCCUGCUGGAAGGCUGCCGCAUGUAUAAGCCAUUAGCAAAUCAGAGUGAAUGCUGGAAGAAGGGAAAUGCACCCCUUUCUACGGCAGGAAACCCACACGGGGAGAUCUACCAUUCUAAAAGCCGAUGUUUCAUUGCUAACCUCACUUCAGUCCUGGUACCCAGGAGAGGAACCACACCCCUCCCUCAGGUUCUGCCCUUGAGGCAGGUGGAACUCACUGGUCGAUGCUACUUACAUAGAUGCACAGAAGGAAGUACAUAUGUGCAGGCAGCAGGAUCACCUUGGGUCCCCUGCCUCCCAGGGAAGUCUAUUCAGGUCCCUGGGUAUCAUGGACUUCUCUUCUGUCCCUGGGGCCAGUUCUGCCAGGCAAAUGAAGAUCUUAUGGCUCUUCCUCCCUCAACUACAAGCCCUUCAUCCUCAGGCUUGCUGAUCCAGUUGGCCCUGGGACUAGCUGGGCCCCCAGGCUACUACCUGAGCAAAAUGCAGCAGCAGGAAUUGACCCAAACUAUACUGCAGGCCCUGGUGAUCAGAGCAGGCACUCACACGUGCCAUUUCCACAGUCCAUCAAUAAACUCUAACCUGGUGUUUACUGUGCAUAUGUGGGAGUUUCCUGGCUGUCAAGGGCCCCCAGCUGAGAUCCUAUAUAGAGCUCUGAGCCAAUCCCUCAAUGAUACACCAUUAAAUGUGGAUUAUGGUGGAGCCACCUUUACCACAGACUACAACAGGUGGCUGGCUUCACCAGGCCUCAUUUCCCCAAAUCUGGGUAUAGUCCUGCCCAUAGGCCUCAGCCUCAUUCUACUUAUUCUGAUGGGUACAGGGGGAACUGUGGCCUACAGAAAAUACCAAGCUUCCCUUCGAGUUUCACCAUCAGCCUCUUAUCCUUCAUCAGGACUCCCAGGAUCAAUAAGAAGCCUAUCUGAGGGAAUGAGGGAAGUAUAAUGUGACAUUAUCAUGAACAUGAGCUGAGAUAGGUAGGAUUAUUAAAUAUAACCAUGUCAUCCCCCUGCUUAGGAAGCUUCAAGA